UGGGCGUGGAUCAAGCUGUAUGUUUGCGCGCCGGAAUGAGUUCAACGAGGGGGACUUCUUUAGUUGGCUGGCUGGGUUGUGUUUAGUUUAUCUUUCUAUAAGCGAAGCCUCCAUCACACGCGACACUGUGCUGUGCUAACUCAGUGUAGGUUGCAACUGACCAAUUAACUGAGUCAAUUCUUCGGAUAGCUCUGGCAGGGAACAACUGGCGCAUGGUGCCAUGUGCAGUGGUGCCUUGGAUUGUGCACCCUGGCCAUCUCAGGAAUGAAGCUUUUCUCUAUUUCUUUCAGUGAUCCUUGGGAUUGGUUUGCCCGACCACAACGCCCGCUUAGCGGUAGUUGUGGACGUUUGGGACAAACUGCACGUGUAAUGAGCAGCAAAUUGUGCCGUGGCCGUUUGCUGCGUCGCUGGCUUGUACCUUUGCUAGCGACACCCCCCUUGGGUUUCCUCAGCGGGAAGACUCCCCUUCUAGCGGACCACUAGCCCAACUGAAGAAAAAAAACACAGCAAACCCAGUGGCCCGCCCACCAGAGAGCACCCUCUUGCUGCACUGCGAGCUGCACGCCGGGACCAGCAGCUGGCCAUACACCAGAGUCAAUCUCAUCAUCAGCUCGUCUUUUUUUAGGUGGAUUCCCCUUUCGUUCUUCUCUUUUCAUGCAACCAGGUUUCCCCCUCUGGUAUUUUCUUGUUGCUCAUUUUCCUUCUUUCGCCCACACUUUUUUGCGCUUUCGAUUUCCACUCCUCUGCACCCUAGUCGCCAUCGCUGCUCUUCUUCUCCACUACAACCACCAGCCAGGAAAACUACCAAACCUGCCUGCGCUUUCCUUCUCUUGUCGUGGGCAUCGUCGAUCUGUCUGCCUCUACAAACCAGCGAAGCAGCAAACGUAAACGCCGGAUCAUACAGUCUCUUUGCGCAUCGUUAUUCAACCACAGGCCAACCCAUUUAUUAAUGCUGCGUAUCAUCAUUUCAUAAUUAUCGAAAUAAUUGUUGCUGUGCUGUCCUCAAGGCAGAGGAUCUGCAACUUGCUCUACACCACACUCGACUCCAGCGACGUCAUAGCCGAGUCCUUCUUCGCUGAGGUUCCACGUUGAUUGCAUCACCACUUUGUAGAUGCGUGGGUACCUUGCGCUGCACCUGAGCUAUCUCGAUUCACAACCGUUUAACCUCUUUUCAUCCGGGAAAUUUGCGUGACCGUCGAGAGUUUAUCUAACCCGCAGCCUUGGAACAUCGCUACCCGCACUCGACAUCUCAGGCAAUACAGUUGCUAGCCGUUUCUCUUGCCCAUACACGCUACGCAAGUCAACGCGGCCACUCGUUUAUUAUUGCGUUCAGCCAUACUACAUCACAAUAUACGCGCUGCUAUAUUUCCAACAACAAUACCACAAUAGCUGCGUAUACGUCAAGCUUGGAAUCAUUGCUGUAUAAUUGCCUUCAACCACUACUAUCUCUGCAACAUCAGAAACCUCCUCGCCAAGUUAUUGUACUGCUGUUUUUAUAUACCGGACGGUAUUAUCGGACUCAUGUUCUAACUCAAUCCAUUUCAUCACUUAACGACAAAACAACAUUUGUCUUUCCAUACAAGCCGCACACAAUACCGUCUGCAUGCCGCACGAUUUGGAAAACGUCUUUAGGGAGCUGGGCUUAGCCCAGUACCUGGAUGUUUUUGUGGAACAAGGAUUUGACAGUUGGGAAAUUAUUCUUGAUAUCCAGGAAUCAGACUUGGAUGCACUUGGCGUCAAGUUGGGACACCGCAGAAAAUUGCAACGACAUAUUGCCAACGCAAAAGGUAUCGCCCCUUCAGUGUCUCUGGCGUCGAUAAAACAGAGUCUGGAAGAAGCAAAGCAAAACGGCACACGAUAUGAUGGCAUCCGAUCCGAUAACAACCAUGAGACCAACGGAGUUACCAAGCGAAAGUACCGACGUCAUCCAAAGCCUGACGAAAAUGCACCUGAGAGACCACCAUCAGCCUAUGUUCUUUUUUCAAACAAGAUGCGCGAUGAUCUGAAGAGCCAGAACCUAACCUUUACGGAGAUCGCCAAGCUUGUUGGCGAGAACUGGCAGAGUCUUUCACCUUCCGAAAGGGACGUCUUUGAACGCAAAGCAAAUGCUGCUAAAGACAAGUAUCGCCGAGACAUGGCAGAGUAUAAGAAAACACCACAGUACCGUAAAUAUUCACAAUAUCUUCACGAAUUCAAAGAGAAGCAAGCACGCCACACGCAAGCCAAAGCUCUUGAUACCUCUAAGCGCACAAAGUAUGAACCUGCCAGACUUCGUCAUGGAAGCACCAGCAGCAGCGCUACCCCAGGUGGCACGACAGCGUCGAGCGGUACCCGAAGUGGCAGUAGCAGUGAGAGACUGCAGGACCUGGAACCGCCUCUAAGUCGACAACACCGUGUUGAUUCGGUGGCAUCCAUGGCUGGUUCUCCACUAUCAUCGGCAGGCUUGACGCCACUAUCGCAUCGAAAUUCUAUGGAUGACCCUAACAUGUCGCCGAGGUCUAUUCAGUACGACAUUACUAGCAAUAGAGAUCUACGUGCGCCGCAAGUCGGCCCCUGGCUUGACAGGGACACUGGUAGAGAGCACGGCCAGGCAAACCUUCCACCACUCUCCAAUAUGCUUGCAGAUGGUCGCGAGGCACAUUUCAACAGAUCUGACGGACGACGGGCGCUGCCUGAUGGCCUCCCUGGAACUAACAUCCAUUCCAUGCCCAACGGUGGCAAGGCCCCUACCAACGGCUCUUCUCAUAUCCGAUAUGGUGGCGACGCGCCGUUGCCUAUUCAUGCAUUACUCUCAACCAAAGAGAGUGAUAUAAAACACUCGAACCAUGAACAAUACCGCGGUCCAACGGGAUACGGUUUCCAAAAUGAAUCGUCUGCAUUUGGUAGGAUGAGGGCUGAGCAAGAAGGGGAUGGCGACAUAGUCAUGACCGCCACCGAUGACCACCCCCCUCGACAACCUGCGCCUAAGCCAAAGAACAACUUGGACGGCAUGAGUGCGCUGCUCCGGGCUGGCGAGAUUGUUGACCAAACUCAACGCUCUUAAGACGCACUGCUUUACUGCACGUUUUAUAUUUCACCCAGAUGUGCUAUUAUCUUUUUAUUCUUGGGGGAUUCCUCCUCUCGGCGUCUACCCGUACACGCUUUUGUGGAUGCCGAGUGUAAAUCUUGUUGAGAUUUAGGGGCCCUGGAAGAUACCCCCGCGAGCGAACAUUUUUUACUUUGGGUAGGACGGCUUUUUUUUUCGAAUUUGAUUCAGCAGGGCGUUUUCUUUUACGGUUUUAUGAUGACAGAGUCUACUAUGUGUAUCUCCAUUAAGAGAGAGGCUUGGCCCCUUGCGUUUUUUUUCUGUUAUAUUCAUUUUACUUUCUUCAUCGGGUACUUCAACUACUUGCUACCGGAAGGCUUAUAUAGUCCACAACACCGCGCAGCUAUGUGACGUCUGCAAGGCUGGCGGUUUGUUUCUUUCUUUGCGCGUUUGGCUGUUAUAUUCUCUACUAGCAGCGGAACCUAGCUGCUUUCCAGCUAGGAGGCUGAGAUCCAAAAAGAGUUGGUUAUUUGCUUGGGACGGAAAAGGGGCCUGUUCUUUUUCGAAUUCCUCGCGUGCGUGCUUGUACAGCAUUUUCCCUAGUUGCUGCGUCUAGUGCUAGCUGGAGGCAUGGGCAGAUUGAAUCAAACGCAUUACAUCUUUUCGACCACGAUUCGUUCUUUGAAAACAACACUAACACAUUUGCCAAGUUGAAUAUCCUGACAAUGUUUGAAGUCACUUGUUUGUUUAAAACUAAUGUUUUAAGAAAAUAACUUGGCUGAUAUACACCACCAACGCUCAUAUCGCAUUAAAGUCUAAUAAUGUUAUAAAUGACAAAAAGAUGGACCCUUCGUACAGACAGCCUAACCACUACGCCGUGCUAGGAUUUUAUACCAAAAUAUAGUCAGUGCCCAUUUUCUACGCCUCACCCACUACAUCCAGCGCAGUCCAGUCCUUGCGAAUGUCCAGUUCGGCCAGUCCUUCCGUCUUGUUAAUAACUAGGCCCUUCUCGUUGGCAAGAUGCAGCAGCGAGAUGAAGCAGAAUGAUGUGGAGAUGUCCUUCAUAGCAGGCUUGGGAUACACCGACUUGAGGCCGUUCAUAACCUCCGUAAACUUGAGGGGCUUCUCAAACGACAUGUCCUCUAAUCCAGGUACAGCACCAUUUGGUUCUGCUGUUGGAGCUGCAGGAGUAGCUGGCGGCUGCAGCUUCUCCAGGCCCAUGCCCUUCCAGAUUUCUUCCUUGAGACGGCGCACAUCGACCUUUUUCGAGACACGUGCGUACUGGACGUACUCGGGGCGUACUCUUCGCGUGGCUGCGACAAGGGUAUCGCCAAACGCACCCAUUGGGUUCGCUAGUGUAUCGGGACCAAACAUGGCUGUCACGCCGCCCAUGGCCUCUGUCAUGCCGCCGUCGGCACUGCCCAGAUGUUCCUGCGCGUCGGCAAACUCCAGGUCGUCAUCGUCAUCGUCGUCAUCGCCACCGGCAAAUGGCAGCGCGUCGUCUUGGAAGAAGUUGGCGUCGUAGUCGCCGCCGGGGAGCUCUGUCUCUUCAGGGGCCUUCUGUUGGGCCCAGAAGGCCUCGUCCAGCUCGCCCGCUGGCUGGCUCUCCUGCUGGGCACCAAAGUUGAAGCCGCGACGGGCCCCGAAACCGGUGCUGCGCUGAAUCAAACGGGCCUUGGGCUUGAGGAAGAGGCUCAGCAGCGACUUGGAGCUGAAGUGCUUGUCGUCGGGAAGCAGGUUCCGUGACUUGGACUUCCAGUCCUUCUUGGCGAGACUGAUGGUUGAGUUGCUUGUAGCCUGUGCUGCGAAGAGGUCCAUGACGCUUGGGCUGAGAGGGGAGCUAAAGUCGAUCUCAAAGGGCUCCUUCUCCUUGCGCUUUUUGGUUUCCGAUGCAGGCUUGUUGACAUCCUUGACCUUGCGGAUUCUCCAGUGUUCGGCGCUCGACCAGUUCUUCUGGAGGGCUUGGUCGAAGAAGGAGAGAAUGUCUUGGUGCAUCUUGUCUGAGUUCUUGGAGUUGGUUACGGACACAACGAACUCGCCGUUGUCGUCAAAGUCGUCGCCGUCGGCAUCGUCCUCGUCCAUGGGGCCAUCAUAUGUGCGCAUGUGGCCUUCCAGGGCAGCGUCGCGGGCCCAAGCCUCACCACCUUCACCAAAGGCAACAUCGCCGCCAAUGUCGAAGCUGCCGAGACCAAGGUCGUCAUCGUCAAAGCCUGCGGGGGCAUCCUCGUCGAAAAGCAUACCAGAGUUGUCGCCGAAGCCGCCCAUACCCUGCUCCUGCUUCCAGUCUUCCGGCGCCUUGAGGAAUGGGAUAUCCAUGGAGCCAGAGGGGUCGCCGAGAUCAAAGUUCUUGAGCGAGGGGCAAACAUCAAACUCAUCUAGGCGACUCAAAUCGGGGAAAUAGCGGCGGCCGAGAGACACGAGAUCAAUCUCCACGUCGGUCUCCUCUUCAGCUUGUGUGUCGAGUGUUUGGGUAGCUUCGCCCUGCAGCUGCAUCUGUGUAGCUUCGUCAAUGCCCUCUUCGUCGUCGUCGUCGAGGGCAUCUUCUGCGUCUUCCUUUGUCUGAAGUGCUGUUUCAUCGGAAUCGUCGCUGCUGUCGAACACGAUACGGCCUUGUGAGUCAAUCAUGAGAUGAUUGAGCAAGAGACCUUUGGCACCACCUUCAUCGAAAUCGGCAGAUGCCUUCUUGAAGAGAGGAUCCACGGUGAACUCGAGCUCAAACUUCUUGAGCUGUAAUGAGGCAAACGACGGGGCCAGAGUAGCCUCCGAUGAGCGUUGUGUCUUCUUCUUGGUCUUCUUCUUGACGUUGCCAUCCUCAUCCAGCUCCUCAUCGCUCUCUUCACCCUCUUCACCUUCCUCGCCCUUCUUCUUGCUGUUACUAUCUGCCAGACCACUCAGCAGCUUGCCAGUCUCUGUGGCGACACUGUCGACUCUGUUGGUGUAAAUCUUGACACAGCCGUCCAAUGUGCAACUGGCCUUCUGGAAGUUGACGCCGUCGCCUUCCUUGAGCAGAGACAUAUCGUGGAAGUAAUCGAUGAGGGCAAAGUUCCAGGAGUUGGUAGCGUUGAUCUUGUUGUCGGUAGCCAUCUUCAUCCAUUCUUCAAAGUUGGCCAAGAUGGGCACGCGCUUAACGGGGGUGCCGUUGUUGACACCUCCGAUAACGAUAUCGUCCUCUAAUCCUCUGGAGACGCGCGGUGUCACAGCGCCAGAAGCUGGGGAAGCAUUUUCAAUGUCAUCAAGUCGUAAGCUGCUCUUGCGAGGUGUACCGACAGCGGCCGCCUUGAUCUGGUUGAUUUGUUUUUCGUGAAGCGCCUUUCGUGAGUGGAUGCGCUUUCCUCGUUCCUGGGCAUCGUCGUUGAGUGAAUUGAGAGGUAGCGAUCUGUUAAAAAGCAAACAAAAGGGCAAAAAUUAGUACCACAGAGGAUAUUUGACGCGAUUUUCUGUUGGUGAUGGC